CCAUCUAUUCAAAGCGCUCUCUCUCUCUCUCUCUCUCUAAAAAAAAAAAAAAAAAAAGCGCUCUCUCUCUCUUCCUCUCCCACAGUGCACCCUCUAUUGUGGAUCACUAAAAGGCUUUAGGAAUACUGGGUUUUUGAGUAAUAUUAGAGAUUAAGCUUGUAGGGUGGUUUUGGAUGAUUAGUACUCAUUCUAAUAUGGAUUGGAUUGGUGGGGUUUUUGGUGGGUUUUGAGGUUUCUAUGGCGACCCUUUUGUUUGCUUGGUGAGAAAAUGAGGGAAAAUGGGAGAAAGUGGGAUUUUUUGGGGGGUUUUGUUUUCUUUGGCUGCUAAGUUUCUGAUAAUGGAAACUUGGUUUAGAUGAUCCCCGUAGUUAUUAGUGGAGUGAUUGCUUUCAUGAGCAUUGGAGUAUAUGAAAUUUGAAAUUUUGGUUCAUUAGGAUUUUGGAAUUCAGGAAUUAAGUGUGUUGCCAUGGAUAAUUCGGGUUUGGGAGGUCGUUUUUUGUCAGGUCCAAAUAGUGGUUUGUUAGACCUUGAGUCCCCGAUUCAUAGACACCAACAAUCCCAGUUAGGUCAUCCCUCCUUAGCGCACCAACAUCAGGUGAACUUAGUGGGUUGUUUUGAUAAUGAUCACCAACCAAUUGGGUUAUCGGAAGUGAAAGGUACACCAUCAAAAGUAUAUUCAGCGAAUUUUGGUAAAGGAAAAGCUGUUAGUCCUUUUAAUUGUGCAAGCAGUGGCAAUGCGAGCGAAGAUGAUGACCAGAGUUUUAUGGAAGAUGGGAAUGGUGAGAAUUCUACUGGUGUUAAGGGAAAAAAGGGAUCUCCAUGGCAGCGAAUGAAAUGGACAGAUAAUGUCGUUAGGCUUCUUAUUGCAGUGGUUGCUUGUGUGGGUGAUGAUGGUACACUUAAUGCUGUUGAGGGGCUUAAGAGAAAAUCUGGGCUUUUGCAGAAGAAAGGUAAAUGGAAAAUGGUGUCGAAGCUAAUGAUUAGCAAGGGCUGUCAUGUUUCGCCACAACAGUGUGAGGAUAAGUUCAAUGAUCUGAAUAAGAGGUACAAGAGGCUGAACGAGAUUCUUGGGAGGGGAACUACUUGUAGAGUGGUGGAGAACCCUGUUCUUAUGGAUUCAAUGCCUCAUCUUUCAGCCAAGGCAAAGGAUGAUGUCAGAAAGAUAUUGGGCUCAAAACAUUUGUUUUAUAAGGAAAUGUGUGCUUACCAUAAUGGGCAAAGAAUACCCAAUUGCCAGGAUCUUGAUCUACAAGGUUGUUCAUUACCCCUUGAGAGGAGCUCGAAAGAUAAUAAUGGGUCAGGGGAGGAUGAAGCCGAGGGAAAUGGUGACAGUGAUGAUGGUGAUGAUGAUGAUGAUGAAUCAGAUAAUGAAGAAAAUAAUAAUGCUGAUGAGGACGGGGAGAGGGUAGGCCAGUUGUGUGAGGGGCGAGUGAAUGAUGAGCAUGCCCAUCUUUGGUCUCAAUCAGGUGGGCGAAAUGGUUUUGAUGUUGAAAUGGCAGCGAUUUUUCAAGACCCUGCAGUGUCACCAUGGGAGAGAAAGGAGUGGAUUAAGAAGCAGAGGUUGCAACUCCUAGAGCAAAGGGUAAGCAUCCAGGCACAAACUUUUGAACUUGAGAAACAACGGUUCAAGUGGUUGAGAUACUGCAGCAAGAAAGACAAGGAGUUCGAGAGGUUGAGGCUGGAGAAUGAGUGGAGGAAACUGGAGAAUGAGCAGAGUGCUUUGCAACUGAGGCAGAAGCAACUGGAAAUGGAUUUUAGGAGUUCGGAACCAUCAUUCGACCCUGCUUGCCUUGGUAUUGACGGAGUGCAAGGAAGAGAUCCAAUUGAUCUGAGCAGGCCUCAAUAGCUUCUUUACAGAUGGAUUGACAGUUCACUCCUGGUAUCUUGUAUGACUUUCACGCAAUAUCUAUAGCAUUAUGUACAUGAUACCUAACAUCAUGUACCGCAUAUAUUGCCUUAGAUUAACCUUAGGAAUGUUCGAUAUGACUUGUAAAACGUGCAGAAGCUUUUAACUGCUCGUCAUCUUUUAAUGCAUUCCUUUUACGACUUAAUGGUUGUUCAUAUGACUUGUAAAAUGUUUAAUUUGCUAGUAAUAACUACAUGAACAGAAGCUACAAUCCUA